GUGGUGCUCAGGGAUGGACUCAUUGACUUUUGAACCAAUACUGCUGCCAAAUCUCUUCUUUUGAAACGGUACUAGGGGAGGGCGGCCGUGUCAGCAAACUGAAGGUUCCUGGUUCGAACCACAGUUUCUACGAACCUAGUCACGUCCGUUGUGACUUCACCCUUGCUCCUGAUGGGUCGUGGUUGUCAUAACCGGAGGGUGGCAGCUUACUGAGAGGUUUGUUUUCCUGGGAUGCAAACGGACUAUUCCGGACAAGGCUUGCAGAUGUCUCGCUUCCUGGAGCUGAAGGAUUUUGGAGAUGCUGCUCACUACCUUCGUCUCACCAACCUGGAACAGCUGGCGGCCAAGGCCGAGGCCUUCGACGGCACGAAACGUGUUUGGAUGCCGGAUGAUGUGGAAGCGUACAUGGAGGUGGAGGUCAGAGAACUGAAUGGAGAUAAAACCACAGUGGAGACCAAAGAUGGACGCUUCGUCAUCCUCAAAGGCGACGACCUCCAGCCGAUGAACCCGCCCAAGUUCGACAUGAUGGAGGACAUGGCCAUGCUGACGCACCUCAACGAGGCCUCGGUCCUCUUCAACCUGAGGAGGAGAUACAGCAUGUGGAUGAUCUACACGUACUCGGGCCUGUUCUGCGUGACGGUCAACCCUUACAAAUGGCUGCCGGUCUACUCGGCCGAGGUGGUGGAGGCGUACAAAGGAAGACGCCGCGCCGAAACGCCGCCGCACAUCUACGCCAUCGCCGACAACGCCUACAGCGACAUGCUGCAGAACCGUGAGAACCAGUCCAUGCUAAUCACCGGCGAGUCAGGCGCAGGAAAAACGGUCAACACGAAGAGAGUGAUCCAGUAUUUUGCCAUCACCGCCGCUCUUGGAGAAACUGUGAAAAAAGGGGGAUCCUUGGAGGACCAGAUCAUUGAAGCGAAUCCCGCCAUGGAAGCUUUCGGAAACGCAAAAACCAUCCGCAACGACAACUCCUCUCGAUUUGGAAAGUUCAUCAGAAUUCACUUUGGACAUACGGGAAAGCUGGCGUCCGCUGACAUCGACAUUUACCUUCUAGAAAAGUCCAGAGUUGUGUUCCAGCAGCCCGAAGAGAGAAGUUACCACAUUUACUACCAGAUCCUUUCCAAUCACAAGCCAGAACUACAAGACAUGCUGCUGGUGACCAAGAACCCGUACGAUUACCACUUCUGCUCGCAGGGCGUCACCACGGUGCCAGGCAUUAAAGACAGCGAGGAGCUCGAACUCACCGACCAUGCCAUGGACACGUUGGGCUUCACGUCAGAGGAGAAGUAUGGCAUCUACAAGAUCGUCGGCGCCAUCAUGCACUUUGGCAACAUGAAGUUCAAGAAAAAACAACGAGAAGAACAAGCGGACGCUGACGGCACUGAGAGUGUGGACAAGGCAGCUUACUUGAUGGGCAUCAGUUCUGCUGACCUUCUGAAAGGCCUCCUGAACCCUCGAGUCAAAGUAGGAAAUGAGUCAAUCGUAAAAGGACAGACAGUAGAGCAGGUGUACUUUGCGGCGGCAGCUUUAGCAAAGGCCACCUAUGACCGUAUGUUCAGGUGGCUUGUCAGUCGCAUUAACGUGUCCUUGUACACGGCACUACCUCGACAGUACUUCAUCGGUGUCCUGGACAUUGCCGGCUUUGAGAUUUUUGAGUUAAACAGCUUUGAGCAGCUGUGCAUCAACUUCACCAACGAGAAGCUACAGCAGUAUUUCAACCACCACAUGUUCAUCCUGGAGCAGGAGGAGUACAAGACUGAAGGCAUUGAGUGGACGUUCAUAGACUUUGGUCUUGAUCUGCAGGCCUGCAUCGACCUAAUUGAGAAGCCCAUGGGAAUCCUGUCCAUCAUGGAGGAGGAGUGUAUGUUCCCCAAGGCCACAGACCAAAGUUUUAAAACCAAACUGUACGACAACCAUCUGGGAAAGUCUCCCAACUUCCAGCGUCCACGAAUCGAUAAGAAGCGCAAAUAUGAAACCCACUUUGAGGUGGUCCACUACGCUGGAGUGGUUCCGUACAACAUCAUAGGCUGGCUGGACAAGAACAGAGAUCCUCUGAAUGAGACUGUCGUGGCUUUGUUCCAGAAGUCCUCAAACAAACUGAUGGCUGCACUUUUUGAGAACUACAUCUGCGCUGAGACAGCCACUGAUCCGAAGAACGAGAAGAGGCAAAGGAAGAGAAAAGCAGCUUCCUUCCAGACGGUCUCUCAGCUUCACAAGGAGAAUCUAAACAAGCUGAUGGCGAACCUCCGCAGCACACAGCCGCACUUUGUCCGGUGCAUAAUUCCCAACGAGAGCAAGACUCCUGGUGUGAUGGAUCCAUUCCUGGUCCUGCACCAGCUUAGGUGUAAUGGAGUUCUGGAGGGUAUCCGGAUUUGCAGAAAGGGGUUUCCAAAUAGGAUCCUGUAUGCCGAGUUCAAACAGCGCUAUCGUAUCCUGAACCCUUCCGCCAUUCCCGAGGCUUCUUUUGUGGACAGCAAGAAGGCUGUGGAGAAACUUUUGAGCUCUCUAGACAUUGACCACAGCCAGUACAAGUUUGGACAAACUAAAGUGUUCUUUAAGGCAGGUCUGCUGGGCUACUUGGAGGACAUGAGGGACUCCCGUUUGUCUGAUAUCCUGACCAUUGUCCAGGCCAUGAGCAGAGGAAAACUGAUGAGGAUGGAGAGAGACAAGAUGAUACUGCAAAGGGAUGCAAUAACGGUGAUCCAGUUCAACUUACGAUCAUUCUACACCGUGGGCACGUGGCCGUGGCUGAUGUUGUUCUAUAAGCUCCGCCCCAUGCUGAGGAGCGCACAAAUAGAGAAGGAGCUGGCCACUCUCAACGAAGAUUUGUCCAAGUUGAAAGAAGCCUACGCAAGGUCUGAGGUCAAGCGGACUGAGGCAGAAGAGUGUCAGGUGUUAAUAGUCCAGGAGAAGAAUGACUUGGUUCUGCAACUCCAAGCUGAGCAAGACAACUUGGUCGACGCAGAGGAACGCUGCAGUCAGCUGAUCAAAUCCAAGAUUAGCUUGGAGUCCAAGCUAAAGGAGAUGAACGAGCGUCUGGAGGACGAGGAAGAAGUGAGCACCUCGCUGACAGCCAAGAAACGGCAGCUGGAUGAAGAGGUGAUGACGCUGCGGAAGGAUGUGGAUGACCUGGAGAUGACCGUGGCAAAGGUGGAGAAGGAAAGACACAGUAUCGAGAACAAGGUGAAGAAUCUUUCUCAUGAGAUGUGCGUCCUGGAUGAGAACAUCGCAUCUCUGACCAGGGAGAAAGUUGCCCUGCAGGAAGCUCACGAGCAGGCUCUGAAUGACCGCCAAGCUCAAGAAGACAAGGUCAACAUGCUGACCAAAGCCAAGACUCGACUGGAGCAGCAUGUAGAGAGCGUGGAGGGUUCCUUGGAGCAGGAGAAGAAAGCACGAACCGAGAUGGAAAGAAACAAACGGAAGUUGGAGGGGGAUUUGAAGCUGUCUAUGGACUCUGUGAGGGGCCUGGAGGACCAGAAGAAGGAGCUGGAGGAGAGAAUGAACAAAAAAGACUUUGAAUUGGGUCAGCUUCAGUCCAAAAUGGAGGACGAGCAGGCCUUGGUUGCUCAGCUGCAGAAGAGAAUCAAAGAGCUUCAGACUCGUAUUGAGGAGCUGGAGGAGGCGCUGGAGGCAGAACGGGUAUGGCGCUUCAAGGCGGAGCGUCAGAGGAACGACAUUGCUCGGGAGCUAGAGGAACUUGGUGAGAAGCUGGAGGAGGCGGGAGGUGCUUCUGCUGCUCAGAUCGCACUCAACAGGAAGCGGGAGGCAGACUUCCUGAAGUUGAGGCGGGAGCUGGAGGAAGUGGGGCUUCAGCAUGAGACACUGGCUGCCACGCUGAGGAAGAAGCACACUGACAUGGUUGCGGAGCUAAGUGAGCAGAAUGAUGGGCUGCAGAGAGCCAAACAGAAGCUGGAGAAGGAGAAGGCGGAGCUUAGACUGGAGGCUGACGACCUUGCCGCCAACCUGGAACAGAUUUCCAGGGCCAAGGGUGCUGUGGAGAAGACUUGCAGAGUCUACGAGGACCAGCUUAACGAGAGUCGCGUCAGGGCGGACAAUCUGCAGAGGCAACUCACUGAAAUGUCCGCUCAGAAGGCACGAACUUUCGCCGAGGCCGCCGAGUACAGCCGUCGUAUGGAGGAGCGGGAAGUGCUCAACAACCAGCUCCAGCGUUCUAAAGCUGGACUCUGUCAAAAUAUAGAAGGCCUGAAGAAACAGUUGGAGGAGGAGAGCAAAACCAGGGUGUCACUGGUGCAGACGGUGCAGGCGUCCCGCCAUGAAUGUGAUCUGCUGAGAGAUCAGCUUGAAGCGGAACAAGAGUCCAAGGCUGAAUUGCAGAGGACCCUGUCCAACACAAACACUCAGAUGGCUCAGUGGAGGACCAAGUACGAGACGGAGGCUGUACUGCGGAUUGAAGAACUGGAAGAUGCUAAGAGGAAGUUAGUUGUCAAACUUCAGGCUGCCCAGGAAGUUGCUGAAGCGUCUCAGGCCAAAAGUUCCUCACUAGAGAAAACCAAACAGCGUCUGCAGAUGGAGAUUGAGGAUUUGGUGGUAGAGCUAGAACGCUCCAACGCCUCAGUUUUGGUUCUCGACAAGAAGCAACGCAACCUCGAUAAGAUAUUGAGCGAGUGGAAGCUGAAGUUCGAGGAAAGUCAGUCGGACCUUGAGGUCUCCCAGAAGGAAUCCCGCAAUCUGAGCACAGAACUUUUCAAGCUGAAGACCAUUUACGAAGACGCUCUGGACCAUCUGGAGACAAUCAAACGGGAAAACAAGAACCUUCAAGGUGAGAUUUUGGACCUGACAGAGCAGAUCAGUCGGGGUGGGAAGACCAUCCAUGAGCUGGAGAGGAUGAAAAAGGUCCUAGACGUGGAGAAAAGCGACAUCAAAGCUGCUUUGGAGGAAGCAGAGGGAACUCUGGAGAGCGAAGAGAGCAAGAUACUCAGGGUUCAGAUGGAACUUCAGCAGACCAGGACGUUGAUUGACCGCAGGAUCGCAGAAAA